CCGUAAUGUAUUUGAGAUCGCACUUUGGAGCAACAGGAGGGCACGAGUACAAAAGAGAGGCGCCAAAGCUUCAUCACACCGACGCUGGUUUAUCAUCAUCAGCAGAGCUCAUCAGGAAAAGAUCCAGGAAGCCGGAGUCCUGCAGGAGGGACGAAGUUGCCUUCUUCAGGGCGCAGGAUUCCUUCUUCAAAGCGCAGGAUUUGCUCCAGGAACCGAUAUUGGAGCGCGGAAUGAGCGAGGGUGAACGAGCUGUUACGACGCCUCGCAUCGGAUGGAGAAAACUCACCGACCCUGGUGACUGACACGAUAUCUCCAAGUUUAAGGGCAGCCCGAAACGAUAGCAAAAGCUGCAAAUCCUUGAUCCUGUGGAACCGACUUUGUUAAGAAAUAAACUCGUUGUCAAAUUACUCCUGAGGGACAGAUCCUGACCCUUUCGGAAAAAGGAAUUCCAUCGGAUUCCUGAAAUUUUGAGGAUUUGGAGAACAUAUCCGGGUCUAACAAGUUGUAACAAAUGCAAGGGACUGGCAUCGUGACGACAACUGCAAGAAUCCUAAAAAGAGUCCCAAAAAUGGAGGGUAAUCGGUGUCGGUAGCAGACGCCUUUCCCGGAAAGGACGGUAAAGGGUAAAAUACCCCAUCGAUACUUCCGGAUCGUGAGUUGUUCCUGGGAAUGUAAGGGACAGGGAUUCUUCAGGCAUUCAAAUUGUCACGGGAUUAGAUGAUCUACGAUCUCGGAAUGAUCUAGUGUUACCAAUUAAGGACAAUACUUAGAACUCACUAACUGAUAGGUCUAAUUAUCAUAUUGGUGACAUUGUUAGAAAUAGUCUUCUUAAAUAGGAAAAGUUUUGGAAAGGAAGUUUAUCGGCUGUACCGAAAUCUGUGGUGCUUGUUAGCAGAGUUUGAGUGAAUUUCGCAGGAGUUUGAAAAUUGCUGUAUUUGCAAAAUGCCUGCAACACCCAGUAAACUCAACAUCAGCUUCGGCAGGAAUAACUACAGUGUUUUCGGUGCCAGGGGUUCCUCUGGCAAUGGCACGGAACAACAACGGGAACAGAAGACGGAAUUGUUGGAGGGAACCAGAGGCAAUGGUCUCAUUCAUCUCAAGAAUGGCGUGGAUUAUGUCAAUCCAGGCGAAGAGGAUCAGAUGGAAAUUUACGGGUAUAAACAGAAUGCAAUUCGUACUGCCACAACGUGGUUUCUGAUCGUAAUCACAGGGGGACUACUUAGACUGAUUUUUCAUUGGGUACCGCAUUUAAUGUUGCUGGCAACUCAUUCAAAGUGUCCUUUGGAAGAGGCUGAUACCGUCUUGCUAGUAGAGAAAUUUCAGGGCAAACAUACUAGUUACUAUGUGAAGAAACUAAACACUGUAACUGCUCAGGAAGUAUCAAAAGCGUCUUCUGAUGGAGAGUGCCUAAUCGACAAUGAACCCUGGUCGGAAAAUGAUAGCAUCAUCUCAGUGACGGAAGGCAAGGACAUUCCAAUGUUAUCAGUUCAUUUAUCUGGAGGAAACUUCAAGUCUGUUCCGUCAAUCAUCACAUUUAAUUGCAAAAAAGUCAUUUAUGUCUGGGACACUGAGACAUGUGAAUUUGUUAAACUCAGGGGUCUCGACAGUGGAGUACUUACUUCAACACUGCACCAAAUGUCCGGACUGAGUUCAGUUGAACAAUUCAUGAGACGCAUUGUUUAUGGCAACAAUGAGAUAGUUAUACCAGUCAAAGGAAUUUUGACCUUGCUAUGUCUGGAAGUUCUGAACCCAUUCUACGUCUUCCAACUUUUUAGUUUUUGUCUUUGGAUUGCGGAUGACUAUGUUUAUUAUGCGAUGGUCAUCCUCACAAUGUCAGGUUUUGGUGUCAGCAUGGCUGUUUUACAAACUCGUCGAAAUCAACAUAAUUUACGGACAACAGUUGCGUCUUCCGAUGUGGCCACAGUGCUGCGUGACCGAGCACAAGGUCAAACUUCAACAGUACCUGCAGAGCGUAUAGUCGUUGGAGAUAUAUUAGUCAUUCCCUCUCAUGGUUGUCUGAUGCCCUGCGAUGCGGUUCUUCUUACCGGAAAUUGCAUUCUGAAUGAAUCAAUGCUCACGGGAGAAUCAGUUCCCGUCACAAAAACUCCCAUUCCUUCCUCGAACGAAAUUAUGUACGAUACCAAAGAACACGCCAGACACACACUUUAUUGUGGCACGAAGGUCAUCCAAACUAGAUACUUCGGAUCUGAAAGGGUCCUAGCAGUAGUUAUAAGGACAGGAUUCAACACCAGUAAAGGUGGAUUGGUGAGGUCGAUUCUCUACCCACCACCAGUGGACUUCAAGUUCGAACAGGACUCCUACAAAUUCGUAGAGAUGCUCGCCUGCAUCGCUAGUAUGGGAGUGAUUUACACGAUUAUAACUAAAUCCAUGCGAGGGGUUCCCGUUAGAGACAUAACACUAGAAGCCCUGGAUCUCAUCACAAUCGUCGUACCUCCAGCUUUGCCUGCUGCCAUGACGGUGGGACGUUUGGUGGCUCAGAGUCGAUUAGAAAAAAAUCGAAUCUACUGCACUAGUCCUCGAACGAUCAACGUGUCAGGUUCGCUUGACUGUGUCUGCUUUGACAAAACUGGUACUUUAACCGAAGAUGGCUUAGACAUGUGGGGUGUGGUCCCCAUAUCUUCCAGGAAGUUCCAACAUCCAGUGAAAGAUAUAACAACUUUACCGUUGAAUGAUGUACUUAUCGGAAUGGUGACUUGUCAUGGAAUCACGAUUAUCGACGGACAACUAGCGGGCGAUCCACUCGAUUUGAAGAUGUUUGAAUCCACCGGCUGGACGCUAGAAGAGCCUGACGUGUCAGACACUACCAAGUUUUCCAUGCUUUUCCCAACAGUUGUUCGUCCGCCAGCAGGAUCUAAUUUGCUUGAGAAAUCCUUGAGUGAAGUGCCGGUCUCACCCAUGAGGCAGAACUCUGCCAAUUCUGAAGUGGCGGAGAAUGUCUCAUUGACUAAUAUGGACAGUGCUUUCACUGACUCCACAGUGGACUUGGCUGAACAGGGAUUAGAAAUUGGUAUCGUUAGACAGUUCCCCUUCACGUCGAGUCUCCAGCGCAUGAGUGUCAUCACUAGGACACUAGGAGCCAAUCAUUAUGAUCUCUACUGCAAAGGCAGUCCAGAAAUGAUAUUUAGUCUCUCGAAACCGGAAUCCAUACCGCCAGAUUUCAACAGUGUUCUGCAAGAGUACACUUCCGAAGGAUACCGAGUGAUUGCUCUAGCGCACAGGUCCCUAAACCGUCUGACGUACGCCAAGGUCCAGCGAGUUGUUCGAGAAGUCGUCGAAGCUGACUUGACUUUCCUGGGCUUCGUGAUACUUGAGAAUCGACUGAAACCCGAAACAAUGCCUGUGAUCUCCGCGUUAAAUGCAGCCUGUAUCAAAAUUGUUAUGGUUACUGGCGACAAUAUGCUGACCGCACUGUCCGUCGCUAGAGAUUGCGACAUGCUGAAGCCAGGAAUGCCUGUUAUAGCGGUGGCCGCAAUCUCGCAGCAGAAUCAAACUAAACCUCAGGUAUACUUCACUAGAAGCGAUAGCCAAAAUAGCCCGAUGUCUCCCAGCGGGCAAGGCGAUCUCAGCGAAAUGACCGACAUAAAUAGUGUCGUGAGUCUGGAGACUAUUGAGAGCGGCUCUUUCACCAAUCAUCAGACUGGGAAUAAUUUGAAUUAUCUUUCCGACAAGGUGUAUCAUUCGAAGAACAAAUAUGUCUUUGCAAUGACUGGAAAAACUUGGGCCAUGAUCAAACAACAUUAUCCAGAAUUGAUACCAAAAUUGGUGACAAGGGGAGCAAUCUUUGCGAGAAUGUCUCCUGACCAGAAGCAACAACUUGUUCAAGAACUGCAGGCUUUAGGAUAUUACGUAGCAAUGGUCGGUGAUGGAGCCAACGACUGUGGAGCCCUAAAGGCGGCACACACAGGAAUUUCGCUAUCAGAUACCGAGUCAUCAGUAGCAUCUCCCUUUACCAGUCGAGAAACCAACAUCUCCUGUGUCCUGACAUUGAUCCGAGAAGGACGAGCCGCCCUCGUAACCUCCUUCGGAAUCUUCAAGUAUAUGGCUGCCUACUCCCUCAUCCAAUUCGUCUCAGUGAUGCUCCUCUACGGUAUUGAAUCCAACCUGACUGACUUUGAGUUCCUCUACAUAGACCUCCUCAUCAUCUCCAUCUUCGCCUUCUUCUUCGGCAGAACCCAGGCCUACGACGGACCCUUAGUCAAAACGCCACCCUUGAACAGUCUCUUCAGCACCACUCCUAUCAUCAGCCUCUUCAUCCAAAUCCUACUGGUCUCCUUCUUCCAAUACAUCAGCCUCUGGCACCUGCGACAAAUGGAGUGGUUCAAACCCUUCCAUCUGUCCGCCACUGACAAAGACGAUGUCGCAUCUCAGGAGAACUACACCAUCUUCAUCAUCAGCUCCUUCCAGUACAUCAUGAUCGCCGUCGUCUUCUCCAAGGGUCCUCCCUACAGAAAAUCACUCUUUACCAACUUCGGACUACUCUCAGCCUUCAUCCUCCUCACCCUCUUCUCAACCUACCUAGCCAUCUACCCCUUCGACUGGCUCCGAGAUCGGUUCGAACUCAGUAUCCCUGACAACAUGACCUUCCGCUGCAUUCUCGUCGGCUACGGAAUCCUGAACUUCAUUCUCUCCAUCCUCUUCGAGCACUUUUUCGUGGAGUACCUCGUCUUCGGCAAACUGAGAUAUCUCUGGUUCAACGUCGACAAAUCCAAGCGGAAGUACCUUGCCAUAGAGCGGGACAUGGCUCGGGAUUUAAAAUGGCCUCCUCUCUCCCAGGAACCUCUGCCGGAAGCGGCUCCUGAUAUUCUCAUCAGGCAAAACGUCACCGAGAUCAAAAUCGAGAAACGGAUUCCUGAACCUUAUGUCCCGCCCAGUGUUGGCUUUCUCAAUAGUCCUGCGAGUGCCACUUUCAAGAGGUUCGGCUCAGCGAGAGAAGUGACCUUGAAUCCUCGAUCUCUGUUCAAUGAUAGAAGAAAUACUGUUUCGAUGCAGACUGUUCCUUGUUUUGAGGAUAAGGAUGUGACUCUCAAACAUCAGCAGUUGGAGCUUGAUGUGAAGAGGCGACAUAAUUCGGAGUCGGAAAAUGGGAUUAAUCGGUGUGAGAGGCCUUCCAACGUUCAUAAUACCAAUCCAAUUGCUACUUUACCAAGGAAUUCUGUGACUGGCCAGCAGCAGAAACUUAGGGAAUUUAAGGAUGUUUUGGUGUACAACAGCGAGGACACGAAAUUUAGAUCCAAUACUCAGAGCGUCCUUGAGCUUGAUACCCUACCAUCCUGAGAUCCGGUGUUGCUCAGAUUUCCGACUGAUGAAAGAAUCCGGUCUCAAUUUCGACAAUGGUGCUAUCACGCCCUGCUCGUCCCUCUCGAGCUUCACUUGUUCAAUCAGGAUUGCAUUUAUCGAGCCAGGGUACCUCUUGUUGACAGAUCUGGUUUCUUUGUUAGCGGAAACACGAGCCAGGAGUUUGGGAUGCAUUAAUAUAACCCGAAUUCCAUUUGACGUAAGUUUCAUCUGACCAAAAAUUAAUUGGAAGAACAGCCAUUUGUAAUGAUUUUUAUUUUUCCGAAUUGGUCUUGCGGUACAAUUUUUACAUUUCAGAAUUUCUAACUUUCCGCAUUUUUAUUUACUAUUGGGAAUGUUUGAACUGUGAUGCACAAGCUGGUGACAAAAAUCCAAACUAGAAAGAACGGGUACGAUUUGUAAGAGGCAUUUUAAUUUGUGCAUAAAAGUGUUUAAAUAACGAUUUUUGGGUGGAAGCUAAAGUAUUUAUUGGAUACUAAAAAUAAGUCUUUACCCGAAACAAAGGGUUUUAGAUGGAAUUUUUAUCUUAUACAGUGAAAAAACACAUUUUUUGACAGAGGCAUUAUUCGAAAGUAAACAAUUAUUGUACUAUUUAUUGUUAUUUCAAAUAUUUUAUAUAAACUUAAACGGACUUAUUUUGAAGCAAAAAUUAAAAG